UGCUUUGGCAACUGCUGUCAACUAUGUUUGAAUUAAUUCCUUAAGCAGUUUACAAAUAGUUACAGCUCAAACCAAUACACACACACACACGCACAACUCAACAGCACACUCCGCAAAGUUCCAUCAAAUCUUGUCAAAAUUUUACAUUAGCAGCUAAAAUUUUGUCCUUGCAGUUGCCAUGUGUCUGGAGACCACAUCAACCAACAACAAGACAAUAGCUCUGAUCAGACAGGGCUAUAGGGUGUUCGCUGAGUACCAGCUGAUCGAGCAGGAGCAGCUGCGUGGCAUCUAUGCGAUACCCAGCUAUUUUAGCGGCUUGCUUUGGUUCGGUGUGAUCUUCAUACACAGCGGUCUGUAUGCGGAGAGCGCGUUUCGCUUCUCCAUUCUGCUGCCAGAGAAUUUUCCCAACGAUCUGACGCUGCCCACCGUCAUAUUCCAAAAGGAUAUCUAUCAUCCGCACAUCUGCCCGCUGUCGCAUAGUCUGGAUCUGACGCCGCUUUUCAGCGCAUGGCGCAAGGAUGAGCAUCACAUUUGGCACAUACUCAAGUAUAUACAAGCUAUAUUCGCUGAUCCCGAGGGCAGCGUGUGCACGCGCCAAACAAACGAUGGCCAGACCAUAGCGCUAAGCGAGGUCAACAAUAUGGAGGCCUUGCUCUUGCUUAGCAAGAGCCGUGUGGACUACUCCAAGCGCGUCAAGAAAUCCAUUGCCUGGAGCUGCAAGCACAUGUUCGAUACGCCGCCCAUUAAAGAUCCACACUAUAUAGUCUUCGAGCGCUAUACGCCCGAUCGCCAUCAGCCAGUGAUACAGCGCCUCAAGUCCCAGAGUUGGUAUCAGCUGCGCAGCCAGUCAGCUGCGUCGCCUUCAGUGUGUGUGGCACGCAUAGAGUCGACACGAGAGUUGCUGCUGGAAGAGCAGCAAACAAAUGUGGCUGACAGCAGUUUGAAUUAGCGAGUGCGGCUUGGCUGUAGUUGUGGCGUCAAUGUUUUGUGGAGUUGCUGGAACUGUAGGAAACUAAAUUAUGCGACGUUUUAAAUUGUUAAUAGAAAAUGAGUAAUAACUAAUUGGAAAUAUAAACGUAUUAACAGAA